UCAACGACCCUCCCAUCACAGACGACCUUCCUGUCACCAACGACGACCUUCCCAAGAUGGCUUCCGACUCCGCCUCUGAUGACAGCAAGUUCCUGCGGCAGGACCACGACUUCAGGAACAGUGGUGUGGGGCAGGCUGAUUGGUCGGCCAAGAAGAUGGUGUGGAUCCCGUCAGAGAAGGAGGGGUUUGAGGCCGCCAGCAUUAAGGAAGAGAAGGGAGACGAUGUGCUGGUAGAGUUGGCUAACGGUAGGAAAGCGACAGUCAACAAGGAUGAUAUCCAAAAGAUGAACCCUCCUAAGUUCAGUAAAGUGGAGGACAUGGCAGCUCUUACCUGUCUCAACGAGGCCUCUCUCCUCCACAACCUCAGAGAGAGGUACUUCUCCAGCCUAAUCUACACGUAUUCAGGUCUGUUCUGUGUGGUGGUGAACCCCUAUAAGAUGCUUCCUAUCUACUCAGAGAAAAUCAUUGAGAUUUAUAAGGGGAAGAAACGUCACGAGGUUCCUCCUCAUAUCUACUCCAUCACUGAUAACGCUUACAGGAACAUGAUGCAAGACCGUGAGGACCAGUCCAUUCUGUGCACAGGUGAGUCAGGAGCGGGCAAGACAGAGAACACUAAGAAGGUGAUCCAGUAUCUAGCGGUGGUGGCUUCUUCUCACAAAGGCAGCAAGAAGGACCCUGGAGCUGAUGCACCAACACUAGUCAAGGGGGAGCUAGAGAAGCAGCUGCUGCAGGCUAACCCCAUCCUGGAAGCCUUCGGGAAUGCCAAGACCAUCAAGAACGACAACUCCUCACGAUUCGGGAAGUUUAUUAAACUCAACUUUGACGUGACUGGAUACAUCGUUGGAGCCAACAUCGAUACCUACCUGCUGGAGAAGUCUCGCUGUAUCCGCCAAGCCAAGAUAGAGAGAGCCUUUCAUAUAUUUUACUACAUGGUGGCCGGAGCGAAGGACCAGCUAAAGGAGGAGCUGUUACUGGAGGGUUUCGGGGCGUACCGGUUCCUGGUGGCAGGUCAUGUGGAGGUGCCUGGUCAGGAAGAUGAUCAGAUGUUCAUAGAAACACUGGAGGCCAUGGAGAUCAUGGGUUUCUCUGAGGAUGAGAGGACAGGCAUGAUGAAGGUGGUCUCUACUGUGCUCCAGCUGGGGAACAUUACCUUCAACAAGGAGAGGAACAAUGAGCAGGCCACCAUGCCCGACAACACAGCGGCCCAGAAAGUGUGCCACCUGCAGGGUAUCAACGUGACAGACUUCACCCGUGCCGUCCUCACCCCCCGCAUCAAGGUGGGCAGAGAGGUGGUGCAGAAGGCUCAGACCAAGGAACAGGCUGACUUUGCCAUCGAGGCCCUGGCGAAGGCCAUGUAUGAGCGGUUGUUCAGAUGGAUCCUAGCGAGGGUGAAUAAGACUCUGGAUAAGGCCAAACGUAAAGGAGCAUCAUUCCUGGGGAUCCUAGACAUCGCUGGCUUCGAAAUCUUUGAGGACAACUCGUUUGAGCAGCUGUGCAUCAACUACACCAACGAACGUCUGCAGCAGCUGUUCAACCACACCAUGUUCGUCCUGGAGCAGGAGGAGUACAAGAGAGAGGGGAUCGACUGGGCCUUCAUAGACUUCGGCCUGGACCUGCAGCCCUGCAUAGAGCUCAUCGAGAGACCGAACAACCCUCCAGGUAUCUUGGCUCUGUUAGAUGAGGAGUGCUGGUUCCCUAAAGCCACCGACCUGUCCUUCGUUGAGAAGCUGAUGAACACACACACGUCCCACUGCAAGUUCUCCAAACCCAAAUCACUCAAAGACAAGACUACCUUCUCUGUUCUCCACUACGCCGGCAGGGUGGACUACAACGGGGCCAGCUGGUUGACUAAGAACAUGGACCCUCUGAAUGACAACGUGACGGCUCUCCUCAACAACUCAUCCAACCCCUUCAUACAGGACCUCUGGAAGGAUGUGGACCGUGUGGUGGGUCUGGAGACCAUUACUAAGAUGUCAGAGAGCUCGGCCCCCAGCGCCACUAAGUCUAAGAAGGGCAUGUUCAGGACAGUGGGUCAGCUCUACAAGGAAUCCCUGGGCAAACUGAUGACCACGCUGAACAACACACAGCCCAACUUCAUACGCUGUAUCAUCCCCAACCACGAGAAGAGGGCAGGAAAGAUGGAUGCUAACCUGGUUCUGGAGCAGUUGAGGUGUAACGGGGUUCUGGAAGGGAUCCGGAUCUGCAGACAGGGCUUCCCCAACCGCAUCGUGUUCCAAGAGUUCCGACAACGCUAUGAGAUCCUAGCAGCCAACUGCAUCCCUAAGGGUUUCAUGGACGGGAAACAGGCUUGUCAACUAAUGAUGAAACACCUGGACCUGGAUCCUAAUCUGUUCCGUAUCGGUCAGAGUAAGAUGUUCUUCAGAACAGGAGUGUUAGCCCAGCUGGAGGAGGAGAGGGACAUUAAACUGACCGUGGUCAUCAUCGCCUUCCAGGCCCACGCUAGGAGCUUCCUCGCACGCAAAGCGUUUAGCAAGCGUCAGGCCCAGCUGACUGCUAUGAAGGUGAUUCAGAGGAACUGUGCCGUCUACCUGGUCCUGAAGAACUGGCAGUGGUGGAGACUCUUCACCAAGGUGAAGCCCCUCCUCCAGGUGACUCGACAGGAAGAGGAAAUGGGUCAGAAGGAGGAGGAGCUGAAGUCUGCCAAGGAUCUGGCUCAGAAGAGCCAGGCGGAACUGAAGGAGAUCUCCCAGAAACACACACAGGUAGUAGAGGAGCGAGCUAAACUGGAGCAAAAGCUUCAGGCGGAGACAGAGUUAUAUGCUGAGGCAGAGGAGAUGAGGGUUCGUCUGGAGGCCAAGAAGCAGGAGCUGGAGGAGGUGCUCCAUGAGAUGGAGGCGCGGCUGGAGGAGGAGGAGGAGAGCGCCACACAGCUACAGCAGGAGAGGAAAGACAUGCAGCAGCGACUACAGGCCAUGGAGGCCCAGCUGUCGGAGGAAGAGGACUCUCGUCAGAAGCUGCAGCUGGAGAAGGUGACUGUUGAGGGGAAGGUCAAGAAACUGGAGGAGGACGUUCUCAUCAUGGAAGACCAGAAUAACAAACUACUCAAGGAGCGUAAGCUGUUGGAGGAGAGAGUAGCAGACUCCUGCUCUAACCUGGCUGAGGAAGAGGAGAAGUCUAAGAACCUGACCAAGCUGAAGAACAAACACGAGUCUAUGAUCUCAGACCUGGAGGUGCGUAUGAAGAAGGAGGAGAAGGGCAGGCAGGAUGUAGAGAAGGCCAAGAGGAAGCUGGAGACGGAGCUGUCUGAUCUCCAGGAGCAGCUGGCCGACCUGCAGGCCCAGAUAGCCGAGCUCAGAGCACAGCUCGCCACCAAGGAGGAGGAGCUACUGGCCACACAGGCCAGGGUGGAGGAGGAGUCAGCUGGUUGUGUUGCGGCGGAGCGGCGUGUCAGGGAGCUGGAGGGGCUGUUAGGUGAGAUCCAGGAGGACCUGGAGUCAGAGGGGGCUGCCAGGAGGAAGGCUGAUGCAGCCUGUAGAGACCUGGGAGAGGAGCUGAACGCUCUGAGGUCUGAGCUGGAAGACACACUGGAUACCACCGCUGUACAGCAGGAGCUAAGGGCGAAGCGAGAGCAGGAGGUAGCCAUGUUGAAGAAGGUGAUGGAGGAGGAAGGGAGGAACCAUGAAGCUCAGGUUCAGGAGAUGAGACAGAAACACACACAGACUGUUGAGGAACUGUCUGAACAUCUGGAGCAGGCCAAGAGGGUACGAGCCAGUCUAGAGAAGGCUAAGCAGGGAUUGGAGAAGGAGUCAUCUGACCUCAGCGCAGACCUCCAUUCAUUGGCCAAUGCCAAGCAGGAAGUGGAGCACAAGAAGAAGAAGGUCGAAGGUCAGCUGUCAGACUUGCAGUCGCGCCACAACGACAGUGAGAGACAGAGGGGGGAGCUGGGAGAACGAGUCUCUAAGAUGACCUCUGAGUUGGACAGUGUGAGCAGUCUGCUGAAUGAGGUGGAGGGGAAGAACAUUAAACUGAGUAAAGACGUGGCCACUCUGGGGACCCAGCUACAGGACUCUCAGGAGUUGUUGGCAGAGGAGACUCGUCAGAAGCUGAACCUGUCAGGUCGUCUACGCCAGACAGAGGAUGACAGGAACAACCUUCUAGAACAGCUGGAGGAAGAGACAGAGGCCAAGAGAGGGGUGGAGAGACAGGCCUCCAGCCUCAACAUGCAGCUGUCUGACUGUAAGAAACGUCUGGAUGAGCAGCAGGGGACAGUGGAACUGCUGGAGGAGGGGAAGAAACGCCUGCAGAGAGACCUGGAGGCUGCCAACUCACAGUAUGAGGAGAAGGCGUGUGCCUACGAUAAACUGGAGAAGAACAGGAGCAGACUACAGCAGGAACUGGAGGACAUUCUGAUGGACCUGGACAACCAGAGAACCUUGGUCUCCAACCUGGAGAAGAAACAGAGGAAGUUUGACCAGAUGCUAGCGGAGGAGCGUUCCAUCUCCAGUAAGUAUGCUGAGGAGCGUGACCGAGCAGAGGCGGAGGCCAGGGAGAAGGAGACGCGGGCGCUGGCUCUGGGGAGGGCCUUGGAGGAGGUGCAGGGCUCCCUGGAGGAGCAGGAGAGGAGCAACAAGGCCCUCAGGGUAGAGAUGGAGGACCUGGUCAGCUCCAAGGACGACGUCGGGAAGAACGUCCAUGAGCUGGAGAAGGCUAAGCGAGGUCUGGAGGCGGUGUUGGAUGAGAUGCAUACCCAGAUGGAGGAGCUGGAGGAUGAACUACAGGUUGCGGAGGACGCUAAGCUACGUCUGGAGGUCAACAUGCAGGCCAUGAAGACACAGCAUGACAGAGAUCUACAGGGACAUGAUGAACAGGGGGAGGAGAGGAGGAAACAACUACUGAAACAGGUGCGUGAGCUGGAGGGUGAGCUGGAGGAGGAGAGGAGGCAGCGUGCGGUGGCGACAGCAGGGAGGAAGAAGCUGGAAGGAGAGGUGAAGGAUCUGGAGGACCAGGUGGAAGCCACCAGUAGGGGGCGUGACGAGGCCGUCAAACAGCUACGCAAGAUACAGGCCCAGAUGAAGGAGCUCCAGAGGGAGGUGGAGGAUUCCCGUGCAGCCCAGAAGGAGGUACUGUCCUCGGCCAGAGAGUCAGAGAGGAGAGCCAAGACUCUGGAGGCCGGCUUCAUGCAGCUACAGGAGGAGUUGGCUGCAGCAGAGAGGGCUCGUAAGCAGGCCGAGACAGAGAGAGAUGAGAUGUCUGAGGAUCUGGCCAGCAACUCUGGGAAGUCUAUGAUGUCUGAUGAGAAGCGUCGUCUUGAGGCUAAGAUCACCCAGCUAGAGGAAGAGCUGGAGGAGGAGCAGGCCAACAUGGAGAUCCUCAACGACCGCCUCCGGAAGACACAACAACAGGUGGACCAGUUGAGCAGUGAGCUGCAGGCUGAGCGUAGUUCCUCCCAGAGCAGUGAGGGCACCAGACAGCAGCUGGAGAGGCAGAACAAGGAUCUGAAGGUCAAGCUACAGGAGAUGGAGGGUCAGGGGAGGUCAAAGUUCAAAUCCUCCAUCGCCACCCUGGAGGCCAAAUUACACCAGCUGGAGGAGCAGCUGGAGCUGGAGAACAGAGAGAGACAGGCCAGCGCUAAAGGGAUGCGUCAGAAAGAGAAGAAACUGAAGGAUCUGACCAUCCAGAUGGAGGAUGAGAGGAAACAGGCAGAGCAGUACAAGGACCAGGCGGAGAAGGCUAACGUGCGUGUGAAGCAGCUGAAGCGUCAGCUGGAGGAGGCGGAGGAGGAGUCUCAACGGGUUGCCGCGGGACGCAGGAAGUUACAGAGGGAACUGGACGAGGCCUCCGAGGCCAACGACGCCCUCAGUAGGGAGGUGUCCGCCCUCAAGAGCAAACUGAGGCGAGGAGGAGGAGGAGGAGGAGGGGAGUCAUCUUUCAGCAGCAGUCCUCGUCGCGUGGGGAGCAUUGGGAAUGUCAGCCUCAGUGGGACUGGGAGCCGGAGGAGCAGAGCUGGGAAUAAUGGAGGGAAUGUUGGGAAUUCUGAGAACACAAACGACGUUCCAGAAGAGGAGGAGCCUCUGUUCUCGUCCACCCCGCCUCCGGAGGACGUCAACGGAACCCUGCCAGAAGAGUAGAGGGACAAAGUGACACCCCUCCUUUUAAACACUGUCCAUCCUCCUCUCUCUCUCUCCUUCCCUGAGUUCCCUCAAUCCCUCCCUUGUUCCCGCUCUCCUUUCUUCCUCCUUCCACUCCUCCCUUCUUCCUUCCCCUUCCUCCCAUCCCUACUAAUAUUCUUAUACCCCGCCCCCUUUUAUGCAUCACCUAUCUGUGACAGUAGCUUGGAUUGUGUCACCAAAAUGUCACAAAGUACCGUGUGAGCUGUUUUAAACUGAAUUUAUAUCUUAUUGCAGAGGUCUUAAUAUAUAUCUGAGGUUAUAGCUUAUUGCAGAGGUCUUAAUAUAUAUCUGAAGUUAUAGACACUAAAGAUUGUUUUUCUCUAUGCACUUUUAUUUUAUUAUAUUUUUCUAGCAGUGGCUAUAUUUUAGAAGAAACUCAUUUAAUAAUCUGGGAAUCUCAUUGUGAAUUGAGUUUUAUAAAGUAAACCAUCAAACCCACGGACAAUACUUUCUUAGAUAAAUUCAAUCAAAUAUUAGGCUGUGUCCUCUGCCUUUGUUUUCAUUUAUGAUGAGUUCCUUACCAACACACACACACAAAUACUACUACUGCUACUACUACUACUACUACUACUACUACUACGUUGACAUAAAGGUUCACAUAAAAUUAUGUUGCUUAUUCUACAUUCAUAUACAAUCAAACUAGCCUGAUCCCAGAUCUGUUUGUGCCAUCAUGUCAACUCAUUGUAACUGAUGAUGACACAGACAGACUGGUACCCAGACUACAAUAGCCUGCAUGGCUUUUAGCACCAUUCAGGGUCAAGGGUUAUUAAAAUGAACAUCAGGUUGAAUUGUUUGUGAAAACACCUAAAUAUCUAUUAUAAAUGCUAUAAAACUACUUUCAAUCCCCACAAUCUUGUGUUCUUGUCUGUGGAUUUUGUUCAACAGCAAAAGACGGCACUUUCACUAAGUCAGUUUUA